CGUCAGACGGGCGACGCGGUUCCGGCAGGUGCCUGAGUCGCGGGCGCCGCCGCUGAGGGGGCUUUGGAAGUGUCGUGGUGGUGCUGGCCGUUGGGGGUGGGAGCUGCCGCGCGUCGAAACAGUCUUGAGGGGGAAAAAAAGACUUACUCUACAAAUUCAAGCUUCUUUAGACAAGAUCCACUAAAGCCAUUGGAAAGCAAAUGUCAUCGGAAAUGCCAGCAGAAAAUCUGUUACCCACAGAUGUUCCCGAUGUGGAAGAAAAGAUUAAUUCAAAUGAAAAUCAAGUCAAGAAAGGGGAGCCAGGAUCAGACAAGACAGAGAGCAUUGGAGUUAUGUCAAAGAGGCAAAUGAAGAAGCUAAUGAAGCAGAAACAAUGGGAAGAGCAAAGAGAUUUACGCAGGCAGAGACGAAAAGAGAAACGCCAGAAAAGAAAACUGGAGCGUCAGUAUCAGUUGGAAUCUAACAAUGAAGGGAGUGACAGGAAGCGUAUACGUAGGGAUGUUGUUCCUAGUACUCUUCGCCUUAUUAUAGACUGCAGUUUUGACAACUUGAUGGUAUUAAAGGAUGUCAAGAAGCUUCACAAGCAAAUUCAGAGAUGUUAUGCAGAAAACCGUAAAGCAUUACAUCCUGUACAGUUUUACUUGACCAGCCAUGGAGGCCAGUUGAAGAACAACAUGAAUGAAAAUGACAAAGGAUGGGUCAACUGGAAGGAUAUUCAUAUUUCAUCAGAGCAUUAUAAUGAGCUAAUGAAGAAGGAAGACCUCGUGUAUCUUACAUCAGACUCCCCUGAUGUGCUGAAUGAACUAGAAGAGACUAAAGCCUAUGUAAUUGGAGGUCUGGUGGAUCACAAUCACCACAAGGGCAUUACUUACAAAAAGGCACUAGAACAGGGAAUUGGUCAUGCACAGCUUCCACUUGGAAAUUUUGUGAAAAUGAACAGCCGGAAAGUAUUGGCAGUUAAUCAUGUGUUUGAGAUAAUCCUCUCUUAUCUGGAGAAGAGAAACUGGAAGGAAGCAUUUUUCAGUGUCUUGCCACCACGGAAAGGGGCCAGUCCUCUGGGCGAAGCCAAUGAUUCCUCCAAAUGUGAGCUGCAUGAAAAAGAGGCUGGUGAAGAUAAUAGCUCGGACAGCGACUAGGCAACUGUGGAAGAGGGCAGGAAUGAAAAGUGCAUGUGGCACAAAGGAUAGAAAUAAGACAUGAGUUAGAUGAAACCUCAGAGAACAAUCUAUCUCACUAGUGGUAUUUGUUUAAGUGGCUACACUUGGAAAGAAGUGGUAAAGAUGAAUGUUAUUUUUACCUUGAAAAUACUUCAUUUUUGGAGCUUUUUAUAAAGUACAUUAAUGGCAAAUGCAGAACUUAUUUUGUUAUGGAAGCUAAUAUUUAUUUUCUUUUAAAAUAUUUUAUUUGAUACAUACAGAGGGGUUUUAUUUUAUUUUCCUGAAGCUUGUGAUGAAACCUAAUAAUUAAUGUGUUCGUAACUGUCCCUGCUUUGUGCAUGUACCCUUGAUAUUUUAUUAUUCUUCCCUACUCAUCCCUAUCUUAUAUUAUGUCUUAAAAGCAAUGAGUGUCAAAGGUUAAUGAAUUUGAAAGCUCCUUCCGGCAUUGCCUGUUGCAAAGUGUGUAUAACUUCUCACCAUCAGUGGGGGUUUUUUCUGAGCAAAGACGGUCUUAUGGUCUCUGAAAAAAAACAUUGGGAGCCAGGAACUCUGCUUUGGACACUUUAAAACAUAAUUUUUUUAAAAACAUCAUCUGUCACAGCAGAUCUGCCUAUAGAAUGAGUAUCCUACUUCUCUGGCAGGGUUGUGAAUAUUUAAAAAAAAAAAAAAAAAAAAGUUAGUCGUCUUGCCUCCUGAACUUUAAGCUUUCUGUUUU